AUGCAUCCAUUUGCAAAGUUAGGAUUAGACUCAUGGAUUUAGAAAACAUGUGAUAAAGUUGGAUAUUAAAAUCCUACUAAGAUUUAGGAAUUAGCUAUUCCUCCUCUACUAAGAAAGCAACAUGUUAUUGCUAACGCAGAAACUGGUAGUGGUAAAACAGCUACUUUUGCUUUCCCUAUUUUGUAAGAUUUAGCAAAAGAUCCAUUUGGUGUUUUCGCAAUAGUUUUAACAGCAAACAGAGAAUUGGCUAUGCAAAUUUCUGAACAAUUCACAAUAUUCGGAAGCUCUUUAAAUUUAAGAGUCUCCACUUUAGUUGGAGGAGUAGAUUUUAAUAAAUAAUUGUCUGAGUUAGAGAGAAUUCCUCAUAUUGUUGUAGGUACUCCUGGAAGAACAUUAGAUAUGAUUGAUAAGUCUCCAGUUCUAAAAGAAUAUAUUGAAAAUGUUAAAUAUUUAGUUUUGGACGAAGCUGAUAGACUUUUUGAGGAUUCUAUUAUUGAAGAUAUAUAAUCAAUUUUAGAGUUUAUACCAUAAGAGAAAUAAAUUAUUCUAGCUACUGCUACUAUAAAUGAUGACUUUAAUGAUAAAAAGUUAAACGAAAUAUUAAAAACUAAUGUGAAAUUUGAGAGAUUCUGUGUAAACCAAUAAAAAAAAGUAGUUCAAACAUUAAAGCAAAAAUUCGUCUUAGUCCCAGAAAUGGUGAAAGAUUAAAAUUUCAUCAAUUUAUUGAAUAAAUUCAAAGGAAUUAGUAUGAUAAUAUUUGUAAAUAAAUGCAGAACUUGCCAUUUUAUUAAUGCUUUGUUGAAUUAGUUAGAAUUUUCAUCUACUAGCUUGCAUUCUGGUUUAAAAUAGGGAUAAAGAAUAUCACACUUAAAGACUUUUAAAAGCCAAGCUGCAAAUAUUUUAGUUGCUACAGAUGUAGCUUCUAGAGGUUUAGAUAUACCUACAGUUGACUUAGUUAUUAAUUAUGAUAUACCUAAAAAUUCUGAUGAUUAUAUUCACAGAGUAGGUAGAACUGCUCGUAAAGGUAAAAGAGGUCUUGCUAUUUCAAUCAUGACACAAUAUGAUGUACAGCUUAUUCUCAAUAUAGAAAAAAAUAUCGGUGAAAAAUUAGAAGAAUUAAAAGUAGAUGAAGAAGAAGCACUUGAAAUAGCUCCUAAAGUUAACAAAGCUAAAAAGUUUGUUAAAAUUAAAAUGUCUGAAGAUGGUAGCUCUGAAAACUUUGACAAACAAGAACAAGAUAAAAAAAGUUACAAAGAAUUCAUAAGAGAAUAAAAAAAGCUAAAAAAGGUUGAAAAUAACAAAAUAUAAGAAGAAAAAUAAUGA